CAAGGCUCGAAUUGCACAACGACACCAGCCUGACAGCGCGGGAUUUCGAAGGGAUCCCAAAGACGAGGAUCCAACAACUCGGUGCAAUGCAACUCUGAGUAAUAUUUGAGCCUCUUGCCUAGCCCGGCCCAUCCGGGCUCCAGUCCAUCAAAGAUGGCAUCAUUUGCGCUUCGUCCUUUCCAUGUUUCUCCUCUUUUCUCAGACAAGUCUUUCGUUUAAAGUGUCGUCGUCUCUUCUCGGCGUGAGCUUGUGCGCCGUCCCCCUGGGUCGAUACCCCCGUGUUUCGCUCCGGGCUUGCGGUAUCUUUCCCCGCCGCUCUGCUUUGUGACGCCGACUGCAGUUCUCUUGGGUCCCCGACACCAGUUCAGGUCGGUCAAGUACGACACUCAGGUCAUGUCGGCACAGUCGUUUCCUCCAGGCUGGCGGCCCAGCUACGAGACCUGUCCUGAGGUGUCGGUUUAUUGUCCCGUCAAGGCCACCACGCUCGGCUACUACCCUAACCAAGGCGUCAACAUCUUUCUGGCUAUCGGCUUUGGGCUGGCCGCGUUGAUUACCCUCGUCAUCGGCGUGUGGAAGCGGACAUGGGGGUUUUCGAUUGCCGUGGCAGCAGGAUGUGCGCUUGAGUGCGUCGGCUACGUUGGUCGCGCUCUCCUCGCCAUCAACCCGUGGAAUGGUGAUGCGUUCAAGAUCCAGAUCGUCGCCAUCGUCCUCGGCCCCACCCUCGUCUGCAUCGGCCUGUACCUCACCCUGAAGCACACCGUGACUGCUCUCAACCGUUCCCUGAGCCGCGUUGCGCCUCGCGUGUAUCCCAUCAUCUUUGUCCCCGCCGACGUUUCCUGUCUGGUGGUGCAGGCCAUCGGCGGCGGCAUUGCGGCCUCUGCUGGCCGCAACAGUUACCAGCUGCUGCAGCACGGGAACCGGACAAUUAUGGCAGGCAUCGUCCUGCAGGUCGUCGUGCUGGGCGCUUUCGGCUUGCUGGCGGGAGACUAUCUGUUUCGGGCCGCCAAGUAUUUCCGGAGCGGCGCCGUCGCACCUGAGUAUCAAGGCGGUGCGGCAUUGUGGGUGGACAAAAAGUUUCGCACGUUUCUGUGGGCCAUGGGAAUUGCCUACGCGACCCUGCUGAUCCGCUGCAUCUACCGUAUCGCCGAGAUGGCGGGCGGUUGGGGGAACCACAUUAUGCAGGACGAGCCAUCGUUUAUCGUGCUCGAGUCGUUCAUGGUCCUGAUUGCGUGCGCCCUGCUGGCCGUGUUCGCGCCGGGCGUGUUCUUCCCGCAGAUGUCGCAUAGGUUUUCCGCCGCCAUUGACAAGCGGCCGCACGAGAGCGACUCGGCCGGGCUUGAGAUGGAGCGUGUGUAGGAAGCAGGCAUCACAACAGCAUAUCAUUGUGGCGCUUACUGGACCAUAGACGCAUGCAUAGACGCACAGGCGAUAGCAGAUCAGUCAUAAAGCACCUUAUACCGCGUCAUCAAGAUCCCCGUCUUCAACUGUUCCACCUUCUCCAAGACCAAUUUCCACCCAGCCUCCCCCUUGUCCCCGUCUCCAGCCUUCCCCUCCCCAAACAUCUUCACU